AUGGCGGCAGAAGAGAAAGACGCCAGCUCUCCGGAGAAGGCGGGCAGCCCGCAGCCUCCUCCCGCGAGCGCUGAAGUCGCCAAAGAUGCUGACAAGGGCAAAGAGAAGAAGGGCCUUGACAUUGGCAACUUCUUCGUCUACUUCCGCCUCCUCUUCGCCGCGCAGCCCACCAUCAUCGACAUCCUCCUCAUCGUCGCCGGCACCAUCUGCGCCGCCGCCGCGGGCGUGCCCUUCCCGCUCAUGGGCGUCCUCUUCGGUCAGCUCGUCGACGACUUCAACAGCGCCACCUGCGCCGCCCAGGACGGCGGCGCCGGCGCCGACCCCUUCCGCUACGAGUCCGCCAUCAACGACAAGGUGGCCAAGACGGCGUGGAUCGGCGCCAUCGCGCUCGUCCUCAUCUACUGCCACCUGACCUGCUGGGGCAUCGUCAGCCAGCGCCUCGCCCGCCGCAUGCGCCACCACUACCUCGCCGCGCUCCUCCGCCAGCCGCCCUCCUUCUUCGACGAGCGCGGCUCCGCGGGUGAAGUGUCGAGCCGUCUGCAGAGCGACAUUGCCGCCAUCCAGUCCGGCACCUCGGAAAAGGUGGGCACCAUCAUCACCACCAUCAGCUUCAUCGCGACCGUCUUCGUCAUUGCCUUUUCCACGCAGGCCAGCCUGGCCGGCAUCUUGAUCUCGGUGCUGCCGGCGUUUCUCAUCUCGGGCACGCUGAGCAGCAAGUACAUCGCCCGGUUCCUGGGCAAGCAGAACGAGGCGGCGGACAAGGCAUCGUCGGUCGCGUCGGAGGCGCUGUCGCACAUCCCGGUGGUGCACGCGUUCGGCGCGGCGGGACGGCUGGAGGGCAUGUUUACGGGGUUCAUGCUGGACGCGAGGAGCAGCGCGAUCAAGAAGGCGGCGGUGGCGUCGGUGCAGACGGGCUUGCUGUACUUUAUCGCGUACUCGGCGAACGCGCUGGCGUUUUGGCAGGGAAGCAUUCGCAUCGGCGACGCGGCGGCGGACAACAGCGGCGGGUCCUCGAUCGGCCAGAUCUACGCCAUCGUGUACCUCCUCAUCGACGCGUGUGUCAUGUUGGGCGGGUUGGCGCCCCUGGUUCCGUACCUGGGCUCGGCAGUCGCCGCGUAUAAGCGGCUGAUGGGCGACAUCGAGACGCCCUCGUCCAUCGACGCCACCUCGGACUCUGGUGACAAGCUCGCUCCCGACGCUGAGCACUCCGUGUCCUUCCGCAACGUCACCUUUGAGUAUCCCACCCGCCCCGGCCAGCCGGCCCUGCGCGACGUCAGCCUCGAGUUCCCCGCCGGCAAGCACACCGCGCUCGUCGGCCUGUCCGGCAGCGGCAAGUCGACCGUCGCCUCGCUCAUCGCGCGGCUGCACGACCCGACCUCCGGCACCGUCGAGAUGGCCGGGCGGGACCUGCGCGCCCUCAACGUGCGCUCCCUUCGCGGCGCCAUGACCUUUGUCCAGCAGCAGCCGUCCCUGUUCGACUGCUCCGUGCUCGAGAACAUCGCCCUCGGCCUGGUCAACUCGCCGCGGCCGGAGCACCAGGACUUGAAGGCCGUGCUGGACGGCCCGCUGCUGGCCGAGGCCGCGACCAAGGGCCGGGAAGCGCUCUCGUGGGCCGCCUCGCAGGGCGAAGCUGCCUCUCGGGUGGUGGAGCUCGUCAUCGAGGCGGCGGAAAAGGCCGACGCGGCGACGUUCAUUGCCGGGCUGACGCUUGGGUACGGCACGUCGGUCGGGCCGCGCGGUACGUUUGUCAGCGGCGGCCAGCGGCAGCGCAUCGCGCUCGCGCAGGCGCUGGUGCGCGACCCGGGGAUGCUGAUCCUGGACGAGGCGACGGCCAGCGUCGACUCGGCCAGCGAGCGCAAGAUCCAGGCGGCCAUCGAGCGCGAGGCCGCCCGCGGACGACGCACCAUCAUCUCCAUCGCGCACCGCCUGUCGACGAUCAAGGGCGCGGACAACAUCGUGGUCAUGGAGGCCGGGCGGGUGAUGGAGCAGGGCACGUACGCGGAGCUGAUGGCCAUUGACGGCGGCAAGUUUGCGCACCUCAUCGCGCUGCAGAAGAUGGGAGCCGGCGACGACGGGGGUGCGCCUGAAAGUUCCAGGAGCUCGACCAACGACGUCGACGAAAAGAUGGACAAGGCGGAGGUCACCUCCACCAGCGACGAAAAGGCCGUCCCCAAGGCUGCUGCUGCUGCCGCCAAGGAGGCCGAGGACGACGACGCGACCGCGAAGCAGCCGUUCAGCAGCGUCCUCAAGGGCAUCGCCUGGCUCGUCCGCCCGUCGCUCGGCUGGCUCGCCAUCGCGCUCGUGGCCGCCGCCAUCGUCGGCGCCACCUUCUCCGGCUCGGGCCUCAUCUUCGGCUACACCGUCGGCGCGCUCAACCCGUGCCAGAACACCGUCGACGGCAUCAAGUCCAUGGGCCGCUUCUUCGCCGGCAUGAUCUUCAUGCUCGGCGCCGUCGAGCUGGUCGCCAACUUCCUCGCCUGGCUCGGCUUCGGCAUCAUCGGCGAGCGCACCCUGCUCGCCCUCCGCCGGCUCUCCUUCCGCUCGCUCCUGGCGCAGGACCUGGCCUGGCACUCCUCCGAGGGCCGCACGCCGACGCGGCUGCUCUCCGUCAUCACCAAGGACUGCAUGGCCAUCGGCGGCUUCUCGGGGUCCACGUUUGGCACCGUCUUCGCCGUGUGCGUCAACAUCAUCAUCGCCAUCGUCGUCUCGCACGUGUACGCGUGGAAGAUUGCGCUCGUCACGCUCGUCACCAUCCCGGUGCUGCUCGGCUGCGGCAUCAUGCAGCUGCGCGUGCUGGCGCGCUUCGAGGAGCGCCACAACGAGGCGUUCGCGACGGCCAACGCGCUGGCCACCGAGGCGGUGCAGUCGAUCCGGUCGGUGGCGACGCUCUCGCUGGAGAGGACCUACAUGAACUCGUACCGACGGCUGCUGGAGCCGCCGGCGCGGCAGAUUGUGCGCUCGGCGGCGCUGACCAACAUCAUGCUCGCGCUGUCGCACUCGCUGUCGCCGUUUGUGAAUGGGUUGACGUACUGGUGGGGGUCGCAGCUGAUCAUGAGGGGCGAGUACACGCAGCGCGACCUGCUGAUCGUGCUGGUGGCGAUGCUGACGAGCGCGCAGCUCUGGGGAACGAUGUUUACCCUGGCGCCCGAGUUCUCCCGCGCCCGCCUUGCGCUCGCCCGCGUCAUGGCCGUCAUCCACCUCGGCUCCGACUUGUCGCUGGACGAGCGCCGUGAUACGGAGUCGUCCGCCGAGGGCCGAACGCCGAGCCCAUUCGCGCCGGGCCAGAGCGGGGUGACGGUGGCCUUCAAGGACGUGUCCUUCUCCUACCCGGGCAACCCGGACUCCUCGGUGCUCUCCGACGUCUCCUUCUCCGUCAAGCCGCGGCAGUUCGUCGGGCUGGUCGGCCCGUCCGGCGCCGGCAAGAGCACCAUCAUGAACCUGGUCCAGAAGCUGUACGCCGCGACCUCCGGCGCCGUGCUGAUCGACGACAUGGACAUUUCCACGCUGCCCGACUCCUUCCGCGACGUCAUCGCGCUGGUGCCGCAGGACCCGGCGCUGUUCGAGGGCACGGUGCGGCACAACGUCGCCCUCGGCGCCGUCCCCGGCCACGAGGCGACCGACGCGGAGGUUGAGGAGGCCUGCCGCGUGGCCAACAUCCACGAGGAGAUCAUGGCGCUGCCGGACGGCUACGACACGGCGUGCGGCCCGUCGGCGUCGCGGCUGUCCGGCGGGCAGCGGCAGCGCGUGGCCAUCGCGCGCGCGCUGGUGCGGAAGCCGAGGCUGCUGCUGCUGGACGAGAGCACGAGCGCGCUCGACGCGGCGGGCGAGGCGGCGCUGCAGGAGGGCCUGGAGAGGGCGUCGCGCGGGACGACGGUGCUGGCGAUCACGCACAGGCUGCACACGGUGCACAAGGCGGACGUGAUCCUGGUGGUGGAGGGGGGGAGGAUCGUCGAUCAGGGGAGGCACGCGGAGUUGGUGGAGAGGAAUGAGAGUUAUAGGCUCAACGCCAUGCAGCAGAUGCUGCAGUGA